GGAUGGGACGGGGCGGGCCCAUGUUCCUCUGGCUACUUUAGAGGGGCCCGGAGGUGGGUGUGUCCGUGUACUGCACAGAACCAGGGGUGGGUGUGCCCGCGUACCACACAGAACCACUUUGGUGCCCAAAAGAAAAGGAGACAGCAAGAGAGAGGAGGACGAUACCUCACUGAACAGCUGAUCUGAUGCCCCACUACCUCCAGGAGAGCUGUCCUGCAUCAUUGGCAAGCUUUAGGUACUACUGAGGUCAAAGGUCAAGACUACGGGUUCUCCAGUGGCCCAGCUGCUGGUCAUCCAUCCAUCGCCACCACCUUGUGAAAACGUCCAGCGCACCCUCUACUCUACCUCCCUCUCUUCAAACUCCCCCCUCCUUUGGGCAGAAUGGAUCGCUCAGUACAGGAGCUCUUCCUGAACUUCAUGAUCGUCUUCAUCACAGUGCUGCUCAUGUGGCUUCUGGUGAAGUCGUACCAAGACUGAGUCACAAUGGGGGGGUUCGGUUAGAGUGGUAGUGAAGGGGCGGAUGGAUGGAUGGGGCUGUCUCAAUGUGAUGCUCUCACAAUGAGGUCAGAGGCAGAUUACAGAAGGGUGCCGUUGCCAGAGCCAAACAACAUCAAAGGAAUACGCUCUAAGGUCCUCAGUUAUUGUAUUUUUCUGCUUUAAUGUGGCAUAAGUUCAGUAUGUGUCUCCAGGAAAAUACCUAAAGUAAGCCGUCACAUACAGAACAUGUCAUAGGACUAGAAAUAGCAGAAGGGAAAACAUAACAUCUGUUUGUGUUGUCUAUUUGAUCGUUUUCAUGUAUGACUUUUCCCUCUUUAUUUCGUUACAAUCUGUUCUUACAAAUGCUGCAACGUUAUUCAUUUUCAUUGUCAAAAAACAUGUCUGUUGACAUUUGAUUAAUUGUUGCUAUUGUUUAUGUCUGGAUGUCAUGCAGCAUAACUAUAAAUUGACUGUGAUU